ACAGAAAUAUAUCUUUGACAAAGGAAGGCUGCUUUUUAUAUGCAAUACAAACAGAUUGUGAUGAGAUGGCAUUCAAAUUUCGAAUAUCUUUAGCUUCUUCAACAUCUAUACUGUGGACGUGUGUCUAUUAUUCUUGAGUAGUGUCAAAGCACAGAAUUUACGACAGGAAGGAUUUUAUUGUAAUUCACAAUUUCUUACAAUAUUUAACUGGUUAAAAGCCCCUUUUCUAAAAUAAUGAAAUUCUAUUUUAAUCUCUUAUUUGGCAUAAUAUUGUAUGAGUUUGUUAAUAUGUCUCAACAUCAACCAUUUAUGUCAGAUCAGGAAUUCAUGUCUAUUUUGAAUUGCACCGCAACAUCUGGGGAUCAAGCCUUGUGUAAUGAGUUCUUAUACUGUGACGGAUUGUUACCCUUGCCUUACAACAAAGCUUACAAUGAUUGUGUAGCCUUCUAUAACCCUAAUGGUAUCGGGUGCUGCACCGAAAAUGAAGAGCUCUACCAUUCAGCUGAAUAUCGUGAACUGAUCAAUAACUGCAUAGAACGCCAGGUAAACGUGGAGGAAUUGACUGAUUCAGAGUUGACAGAAGUGGACCAGUUUCAAGACUGUAUGAGGCAACUUAGCAGAAAAUGUUUUGGAAGAAUGUUUUAAAAGUGCAUGUGUCUUAAUAAACAAUGUCAGUUCUUUUUACAUUACUUGAGCUGCAAGAAUAACUAUCACUAUUUGUAAAACUCCAAAAAUAAAUUUAUUCAAUAUA